AUGGCGUCGCUGAUGGACGACGUCACCGCUGAGAUCUUCCUCCGCCUCCCGCCGGACGAGCCGGAGCACCUCUUCCGCGCCGCCCUCGUCUGCAAGCCCUGGCUCCGUGUCCUCCGCGACCCCUCCUUCCGCCGCCGCUACAGCGUCUUCCACCGGGCCCCGCCCCUGCUCGGCCUCCUCCACAAGCUCCAGGUCUUUGAAGGAGAUCCCGCCGCCCGCCUCGCCCCCACCACUGCGGCGCCCCUCUCCCCCUACCCCGACCUCUGCCGCACACGCCCCCUCGACUGCCGCCACGACCGCGUCCUCCUCCACGUGGGGGUCGGGUCCUGGCAUUUCAUGGUCUGGGACCCCGUCACGGGCGAGCAGCACCGCUUCCCUGAGCCUGGCAUCCCGAAGCUCAUCUACACCGCCGCCGUGUUCUGCGCCAUGCCGGGCUGCGACCACCUCGACUGA